AUGCUAGAGAGACACCAAGGUGAUCUGUAUACACUCUUCCCUGAUCAUUCUGUAGUGAAGCAUUUUGAUCAGGUGGACAUCUCUAAUGGCUUGGAUUGGUCACUGGAUCACAAGACUUUCUUUUACAUUGAUAGCCUGUCCUACUCUGUGGAUGCCUUUGAUUAUGACCUGCAAACAGAAAAAAUUUCCAAUCGCAGGAGUAUGUACAAGCUAGAAAAGGAAGAAACCAUCCCUGAUGGAAUGUGUAUUGAUACAGAAGGCAAACUCUGGGUAGCCUGUUAUGAUGGAGGGAGAGUGAUCCGUCUAGACCCUGAGACAGGAAAAAGAAUCCAGACUGUGAAACUGCCUGUUGACAAGACAACUUCCUGCUGCUUUGCCCCAGGAAGCGGGGGCUUAAUGAUGACUGUUAGAAGCACAGACUGACGCUUUUUCUUUUUUUUUUUUUUUCAGUUGGGGAUUGGUCCUGCUUGGAGCAGGGGGUUGGACUAGAUGACCUCCUGAGGUCCCUUCCAACCCUGAUCUUCUAUGAUUCUAUGAUAUGUUCCAUAUGAUCUUACUUAUAGAAAACCAAGGCAAAGUAUUCAUUUUGGUUUUGGACCAUACCUAGGUUAUCUUUAAUCUCCUUCCUAUCCACACUGAACAGUGCAGAUGGGGGCAAACUAGGGCCCGCGGGCCACAUCCA